GCCUUCUGACCGACAGAUCGAACACGCCAAUCGAGCGCAGUGCACUCAAUCAAGUGAACAGACAUCCCGCAUCGCCAGGAAGUGGCAGGAUACCUCCGAUACAUCCGAUCCAGUGUUUUGUGCUUGUGGAUAUAUAACCAACCAACCGACGAAAUCAUGUUUAAGUUUGUGUGCCUGUUCGCGCUGAUUGCCUCCACGGCAGCGGCCGCCUCGGAGGCCGACAGCCUGCUGACCAGCGCCCUGAAGAUGGUCAAGGACUGCGGCGAGCGCUCUAUGGUCUUGUGCAUGAAGGAGCGUGCCCUGCACUACUUCGACACCGAGAACGGAGAUGUGCGGCUAACCGAGGGCAUUGCCCUGGUAAAAACCGAUGACAUCCCAGUGGGUCGAUCCCUGAACGAUGUGCAGCUGCCGGAGGAGGUAGAGGCCCGCGAGGCCGAGGUGGAUUCCCUGCUGGUGGAGCGAGUGGCUCGCUUCUUCGGCACCCACACGCUGCAGUUCAAGGUGCCCAAGGACUCCAUCCAGGACAUGCAGCGUGCCCUCGAGGAAUCCCGUGGCAAGAAGAAGGAGAAGAAGAAGUACCUGAUGCCGCUGCUGAUGCUCUUCAAGCUGAAAAUGGCCGCCCUCCUGCCGCUGGCCAUUGGCUUCCUGGCCCUGAUCUCCUUCAAGGCCCUGGUGAUCGGCAAGAUCGCCCUGCUGCUGUCCGGCAUCAUCGGUCUGAAGAAGCUGCUGGAGUCUAAGAAGGAGAACUACGAGGUGGUGGCGCAUCCGCACUACGAGCACGAGCACAGCUACGGGCGCUCGCUGCAGCAGGACGAUUCGCAGGCCCAGCAGCUGGCCUACGCGGCGUACAAGCAAUAAGCCAAAAAUCGCAGAACGCCGAAUGCUGAGGCAACCAUCAGUGCAAUACUCGGAGGGCCGUCUAAUUUAUUCUAUUUAUUUAAUUUAUUUGUAUAGCAUAUGUAGUUCAUGCCAGGCUUACACACAUAAGGCGCCAUCAAAAGAACAAAUGAAAAUGAAAACCGAAAACGGAACUUGACCCCACAACCCGUAGCAACUAAGUAUGAGAGACAAAAAUCACGGGGCGGAGCGGGGGUUGGCCUUGCAUUGCUUAAUCUUAAAUCUUAAACGUAAUGACUGCCACUUUUGUAUUAAUGCUCAGAGCUUUACUAUUGACUUUACGCUUAACUUAACUCAACUCAACUCUAAAGCCAAACUAAACUAAACUAAACUAAAACUAAACUGCUUAACUUUGCGCCGCUGCUAGGCGCAGGCCAACGCCCCUCGCCACGCCCCUUCCCCACAGACACACGAAUCAAAUCAAAUCUAAUAAAAUGAAAUAAAAGAAAUGCCGCAUUUAUC